AUGCCUCCCCGCAAGAGCAGGACGCCGCGCGCCUCCUCUUCGAACAGUCAUGCCCCAACACCGCCACAGCCAACGAAUGGCAAUGGCAAUAGCAACAGCAAGACUCCUCCCACUGUCACCAAAGAAGAGCCUGAACCGGAGCGAGAGCGUACCGACUGGUCGAAAUUCGAAGAAAACGAUCCAAACUUUGACGGCUUCAAGAUCAAGAUGCGCAAGAUCGACCAACCUGAACCACCUCUAUCUAAGAAGCGCAAACGUGACGAGCCACUAUACUCUACACCGAAUCAUCAACCCAACCCUUUUGACGUGGAAGAGCUCGAUCUAGUCUAUUCUGUCGCUCCGGCUCACUACUGGGAAGAUACUAGUCGGUACCGCAAAUUUACAGUGUUCGACAAAACCUUCGAGGUCAACGACUUUGUCUUCGUGCGUCCAUCCGCCGAGCUUGAGAGGGAGAAUGCGCACAUCACGAGCUGGGUUGCGAAGGUUCUCGAAGUGCGCGCCGGCGAUGAGCAACAUGUCUACCUGCGAGUAUACUGGAUGUACCGUCCAGAAGACCUGCCUUAUCCUGGGCGCCGACCAUAUCAUGGCCUGAACGAGAUCAUCGCGACCAACGAUAUGCAGAUCAUCGACGCCACAACCGUCCAGGACAGCGCCAACGUGAUACACUACGUGGAGGAGGAGAAUAGGUCACAGCUUCUGGAAGGUGAUCAGUUGUUCUGGCGACAGACGUUUGACUUGCUUCAUGACAAGAAAACACCAGGCCUAUCAGAACUCAACAAACACUGCAUCUGCAAAACUCCAUUCAACCCUUCACACGAUCUCAUCCAAUGCGACUCCUGCGAUAGAUGGCUCCACGCGCCCUGUAUCGAGGAGAAAGUUCUCCAAGCUGUGCAUAAAGAAAGAGGGCUUCCUUUCGCAAAGAAGCAACGCGGCAAGCGGAAGAGCUCAGUGUCAGGAGGAGCCGUAAUUCCGGACCCGGAAGCGUCAUUCAAAGCUGAAGUAGUUGCUGGAACCCACAGAACGGUCGUACGGAUCACGGACCUGCGCACUGGUACUGAGGAUACAAAGGAGGAGAAGAGCUGGGAAGAGGAAAUAAAGUGCCUCCUGUGCAAGAACAUCAUCGAUGCCAACGCGAACGGCGGGUCAAAUGACGAAGCCAACGGCGAGGAAAAUGGCCAUGAAAACGGUAUUUCUGUUGUGGCUUUGGCCGAGAGACACAAUGACUCUCUUGCUGCUAAAAUUGAAGAGGACGGAAACGUGAAACCAAAGACCGAGACGAAGAUCGAAGAUACAGACGAGACAACCGACGCUCCGUUUCAGAGUUUGAAGAAACGAAGACUCAACGUGUGA